AUGGCCCAGAGAGCUCUAGGCCGCUUGGUCACCCACGAGUUGUGCGCUGCCGGGGGUAGCCUGGACCUGGGGGAGCUGGUGCGGAGGCUCCGGGCCGGCAUUAGCGAGGAAGUCCUGGAAAAGACGCUGCGCAAACUGUAUGAGAAGCGCUUCGUGUUGCGGACGCGCUCUGAGGACUGCGAAGAGGGAGUCCGCGGCGCAGGUGGAGGGGGCGGGGGCGGGGGCGGCGGCGGCCCUGAGCGCGGUCCGGUUGUGGUGGUGGUGGCCGCCAGCGACGUGAGGUUGUGCCAGGCGUACUCGAGCGUCUGCGACGGGAGCUGCGGGCAGCUGCAUCUCUGCAAGUUUUUCCUCUACGGAACUUGCAAAUUCAGCAACUCCAGGAAACCAUGUAAGUAUAGCCACACCAUACAUAAUUUACACAACGUUACCAUCCUGAGAAACCUUGAGAUUGAGGACCUACAAUUGGAUGAACUCUGUCAGCUUUUGCUUCAGAAUGAUCCUGCGCUCUUGCCAGAGAUCUGUGCCUACUACAACAAAGGAGAUGGCCAAUACGGUGCUUGUACCUUUAAAAAGACUUGCGUCAAACUCCACCUCUGCCAGUACUACUUGCAGGGAAACUGCAGGUUUGGCAGCAGCUGCAAGCGGGCCCAUGACUUCAGCCAAGAGUGUAGAGAAAAGUUGAGAAAGUAUGGGAUAGGCUCUGCUGCCAUUAGCAAGCUGCUUUCCACUUACAGAAAUGCUUUUGACAUCAAAAGUGGGAACUCAGCACCUCAAAAAGAAAGAAGACAGAGUGGCAACUCUGUGCCCCCAAACACCAGCGAGGAGAGCGAUCAGAUUUGCUUGUACCACAUUCGGGAGGCUUGCUCCUUUAAAGAUAAAUGUUUUAAAGUCCAUUUUCACUUGCCGUAUAGAUGGCAAUUCUUUGAUGGGACCACAUGGAAGGAUUUGAAAGAAAUGGAGAAGAUCGAAAAGGCAUACUGUGACCCUUCAAGAAACCAGUGCAUCUCCCCCUUUGCCAACUUCGCCGGCUUCUCCGCCUCCCUCCCGUUCGACAGCAUGAGGAUCGGCCCGUACAAGGUCCGGCGCCUCUCCACGGUCUCGUCCGUGCUCAAGCCCCCACACUUCAUCCUCACCACCGACUGGCUCUGGUACUGGGAGAAAGAGGCCAGCCUGUGGCAGGAGUACGGAGUGAAGGGGAUGGAGCACCACAUAGCCACGGUGAGCAGCGCUGAUGUGGAGAAGGCCUAUCUGAGCCAGGAGUCCCCCGUCCUCCUCUUCUCCGCCGGAAAGUACCGCUACGAGUUGGAUUUCAAAGCCAUGACUCAGAAAAACUUGGACAUUGGCACGGUCAGAAGCGUCCGUCGGAGGCCGAAGUAUGUAUCUCCAGAGGACGUGAAGAUAAAGCGGAGCUGCGGUGACAAAUUACACGUCCCGAAGGACAUUCCAUCUUACUGGGAUACGUCUGCCUUGCCUGACCUGGGAUUUAAGUCCAUCUCCCUUCCCUCCUCUUCUGAAGAAUAUAAGUCAGUCCAAAACCAGUUUUUCCGUACGCUGCCCAAUUACACCAUUCAGAAGAUCCAGAGAAUCCAGAACCCGUCGCUCUGGGAAGUGUAUCAGUGGCAGAAAGUCCAGAUGAAGAAAAGUAACGGGGGGCAGGAAGUGGAGGAGAAGUUACUGUUUCACGGUACCAGCCCCGAGUACGUCGAUGCCAUCUGCCAUCAGAAUUUUGACUGGAGGAUCUGUGGUCUUCAUGGCACUAGCUAUGGCAAAGGAAGCUACUUUGCUCGCGACGCCGCCUAUUCCCACCACUACAGCAAGCCCAACCAGGGAUCGCAGCCCAUGUUCUUGGCCCGGGUUCUGGUGGGAGACUAUACCAGGGGCAGCUCCACCUAUCUUCGGCCCCCUCCCAAAGAAGGCCAAAGAAACGUCUUCUACAACAGCUGCGUGAACAGCCUCAGCGACCCUUCCAUCUUUGUGAUCUUCGAGAAGCAGCAGAUUUACCCCGAAUAUCUCAUCUGGUACAUGCCCGCCCUGAGGAGUGUCUAAGGUGGCCUCUUCUAGCAGUGCCGUCGAAACAAAGGCUUUGGGACAGGACCUUUCUCUGCUUCUCUUGGCCUUUCCCUCACGUGGAGAAAGAGCCAAUUGCAUUGUUUUUGAAAAAAAUUCUUAAAAAAGUUUUAAUGUCCUGUUUUGCACAGGCUUCCAUAUGACUUUUUGCUAAAGGAGAGUUUUUCUCAUAGAUUGUUGACUUCUCCUUACCGAAUUAUAACAUCCACAGCAGAGUAAUCUAUGGUUUAUCAUGAGGAUACAUGUGAUAGCCAAACCUAUUUUUUCCACUUUUAACUGCCAAGUUUUUGUUAAGAAUCCCUAGUUAGGGAUUCUUAUGUCUUGAUAGCAGAAUUGCACUAACUUAAAAAAAAAAAAGAAAAUCUUUUAAUGAUAUCUUGUUUUUAUAUCACCUUCAUUUCCAAAUCGCCCCUUUUCUGCCUUACCAAGCUCGCCUUGUGAUAGUCCCUUAAACAGAGCAGCUCAAAACGCUAAGCGAGAAAUCAACUUAGACCGGCAAAGUGGGCAGCGUCGCACACGGGCCUCCCCCUGCCAAGAACUGCCUGGCUUUUCCUUAGGCCAAAUCCAGUCCUUUCGCAUCCGCCUUCGUCCUCUUCGUAGUCGUUAAAUUAUGGUCAGUAGCACCUGGAGCUCUACUGGCCAAGCCUGGCUCCCCAGCAGGGAAGCUCAGGGCGCUUUUGUGUCCUGUAUCAGUCCGAGCAGAAACCCCAUAAAGAAUUCUCUGGGACUGACAUUGUCGGGAGGAUUUUUAGAAAGUUAAUUGCUGCUCUGCGGUGUAGACAAGCCAUUUGUAAGCACUGACUUCCGACUAAGCCACUUUGUCCUUCCGCCUUCUUGCCGGGGAGGAGGGAGCCAUCCUGUCCAGUACAAAUUUUACAUGUGAAUGUACGUCACGAAUGAAUAUGGAAAUAAAAGGAUGUUCAUCUCCCAA